AUGGAGAAAAAGGUUGCCGGCAACGACGCUGAUGUGGAAGAAAUGGCCCGCGAGGAGAGCGUUAGAGACGCAUCGGUUCAUGCAUCUGAACUUGAAAGACGGUAUGGCCAUGUCAACCGAAGACUUCGUGCGAGGCACAUCCAAUUCCUAGCGUUGGGCGGCGCCAUUGGAACGAGUCUGUUUCUCGGAAUCGGUUCUUCUCUGGCAAAAGCUGGCCCUCUAAGUCUUACCUUGGGCUUCGCCAUCUCUGGUAUGGCAGUCUAUGGCAUGGCAAGUCUGAGUACAAGACACUAUAUCCACAUCCGAGUUAAUAACGUUUUCCAAGAUGGUGUCUCUGGGAGAAAUGUGUACCUGGCUUCCUGUCCCGGGCGCGAUUCCUCAAUUCUGCGGGAGAACUGGUACUUUUGCGCGAUUGUCCUCUGCCUUGACAUUAGCGCUGCCACACUCGUCAUUGAUUAUUGGCCUGGAGCAAGGGGUGUCUCGCCUGCGGUGUGGAUAACGUUGUGCUUGAUCGUGAUCCUCUUUCUCAAUAUCUUCGCAGUCUCCAUAUUCGGGGAAGCAGAGUUCUGUUUUGCAUCGAUCAAACUUAUUCUCAUCAUCGGACUGCUCAUUCUCUCCGUCGUAUUGAUUCUUGGUGGUGGUCCGAACCAUGAUCGGCUCGGCUUUCGUUACUGGAAAGAUCCGGGAGUGAUGAAUGAGGUUGCACCGGCGACUGGGGCGACGGGCCGAUUCUUAGGCUUCUUCUCCGUGCUCAUUUAUGCCGCAUUCACAUAUGCAGGCAUUGAAAUGAUUGCUGCCACGGCUGGCGAAGCUGAAAACCCGCGACGCAACGUUCCAAAAGCUGUUCGUCGCAGCAUAUGGCGUAUUCUGGCCUUUUAUGUGUUGGGAAGCUUCUGCAUAGGCUGUAUCGUGGCCUCGAACGACCCGCAUCUCCUCCGCGCUCAGGCAGAAGGAGCUCCAGGAGCUGCUCGUUCACCGUGGGUUAUAGGAAUCACCAAUUCAGGGAUCAGAGUUCUUCCUUCGAUCAUCAACGUGUGCAUCUUGACAUCGGCCGUGUCUUCAGCAAAUGCAUUUCUGUAUACUGGGAGUCGGUACAUGUAUGCACUGGCACAGAAUAAACAGGCGCCACGCGUUCUGCUGACCUGCACCAAGAAGGGUGUUCCGAUUUACUGCGUCCUCGUGACCGCACUCUUUGGAACAUUGACUUACAUGACUGUCUCUGUGGCUGGUAACACAGUUUUCCUCUGGUUCGCCAACCUCACAACGGUAGCUGCAAUGCUUACAUGGAUUUCCUUGUGCUAUGCCUUCAUUCGCUUCCGCAAGGCACAAGCAGUCCAAGGAGUAUCACUCGAUGACCCAGCAUGUAGAGCGUAUCGGCCGCGAUUUCAGCCCUACAUCGCAUGGGCCACACUGAUAUACUUUGUUGUUCUCGUCGUCUUCAAUGGCUUCGAAACUUUCAUGAGAGGCAAUUGGAACGUCAACGACUUUCUGGUCCACUAUAUUGGCAUACCAAUUUUCGCCUUCUUUAUCCUGUUCUGGAAAUUUGUUAAGAAGACAAAAUUCCGCAAGCUAGAAGAGGUAGACUUGUGGAGUGGUAAGUCUGAGGUCGACGCCAUGGAAGGGACGUGGGAAGAGCCAGUUGCCAAAAACUGGCUGCAAAAGGUACGUUCAUAUAGUACACGGCCCACGCUCUGCGAAUGA